AUGGAGUGUUCCGAAAUCGUUGAGCCCGUGUCUCCCGGAGAGGCGACCAAGAGCGGUGUCCCGUCUACCGAUCGCCAUGACUUGUUGCAGCACAGCCGCGAGUUCUUGGACUUCUUCUGGGACAUUGCAAAGCCGGAGCAGGAGACGCGGUUGAAGGCCACGGAGAAGCUGCUGGAGUAUCUGCGCACGCGGCCAAAGGGAUCCGAGAUGAAUUAUGCUCUGAAGCGGCUGAUCACUGGACUCGGAGUGGGGCGAGAGACCGCCCGGCCCUGCUACAGCCUGGCCUUGGCACAGCUGUUACAGUCUUUUGAAGACAUCCCCUUAUGUAGCAUCCUAGAGCAAAUCCAAGAAAAGUAUGACCUGCAAAAGAUGAAGAAGGCGAUGCUGAGACCUGCUCUCUUUGCACACCUUUUUGGGGUACUAGCCUUCUUUCAGUCAGGCCGGCUUGUGAAGGACCAGGAGGCACUGUUGAAGUCGGUGAAGCUGCUACAGGUCCUGGCCCAGCACCACAACCACUUACAGGAGCAGCCCCAGAAGGCCCUGGUGGACAUCCUCUCUGAGGUCCCAGAGGCCAUGUUAAAGGAAAUCCUGCCCAAGGUGCUCAAAGCUGACUUGGGUGCUGUGCUCAGCUCCCCUGAGUUUCUGGGGCUCUUCCUCUUAGCCCAGCGGAAGGUGCCUGCAAAGCUCGAGAAACUGAUGGGACAAGUUGACCUGUUCUCAGAUGAGAAUAUUCCUAGGCUAGUAGACGUGCUGAAGAUAGUUGCUGCCUCUGUGAAGAAGGAGCGCAAGCUGCCUGCUGUGGCGUUGGACCUGCUACGCCUGGCACUUCAGGAGAACAAGUUCCCACGGUUCUGGAAUGAGGUUCUGGAACAAGGACUGCUAAAGAAGCAGUUCCUACCGGCCAACUUCCUGUGUUUCCGCCUGCUGGGUGCAUCCCUGCCUCUGCUAUCUAAGAAACAGCUGCAGCUAGUGAUGCGGGGAGACGUGAUCCGGCUUUACGGGGAACAUUUGGUUACUGCUAAGCUCCCGGCCCAGUUCAAGUUUGCCCCAGAGAUGGAUGAGUAUGUGAAUGCUUUCCUGGAGGGCUGCCGGGAUGACCCUGAGCAGCAGCUAGCCAUGCUAGUGGCCUUCUCCUCCGUCACCAACCAGGGCCACCCUGUGGUGCCCACUUUCUGGAGGGUUGUGCAGUUGCUGAAUCCCAGCGCCCUCAAGAGCUACGUGACCUGGCUGCAGGACAUGUUUCUGCAGCCCAAGCUGGAGUCUCUGGUUGACUUCAGCACCAGCAACCAGAAGAAGAACCAGGAUGCUUCCACCCAUGUGCCUGAGCGGGCUGUGUUCCGGCUGCGGAAGUGGAUCGUCCUUCGCCUGGUCAGCAUUGUGGACAACUCCCAGGUGGAGAAGGAGGAGGCCAUGGUUGAGGAGAUAGCCAGGUUCUGUUUGUUCCAUUCGUUCUUUGAAACCAAGAAGCCCACAUCCCAGAUCCCUGAGACACAGCACCGUCCCUCCUUCCCCUUGGAGAGCCGCACCCGAGAGGUGGUCUGCAGUGCCUUCUUCAGUCUGCUGCAGGCUCUCAGCACACAGGUCAAGCAGGUACCAGGCCAGACCUCAGGCAGGCAGUCGUGGACCAACCGCCUGGUGCAGUUCACAGACACACUGCUGAACCAAAACCACAACGUGGCUCCCGUGACACCCUUCACUGUGCAGCAGCGCCAAGCCUGGGACCGGAUGCUGCAGACUCUGAAGGCACUGGAGACUCGCUCUGCAGAGGUCAAGGCCAUGGCCUUCCAGCACCUGCUGCUCCUGGUGGGCAUCCACCUCUUGAAGUCCCCUGCAGAGAGCUGCGACCUCCUUGGGGACAUCCAGACCUGCAUCGAGAAGAGCCUGGACGCAAAGCCCCGCCGGACCCGCUCCAAGGCUGUUGACUCCCAGGAGCCGCCAUGGGUGGAGGUCCUGGUGGAGAUCCUGCUGUCCUUGUUGGCCCAGCCCAGCCACCUGAUGCGCCAGGUGGCCCGCAGCGUGUUCGGCCAUGUCUGCUCCCAUUUGACUCCACGUGCUCUCCAGCUAAUCCUGGACGUGCUGAAUCCUGAUAAGAACCAGGACGAGGACGACAAUGUGAUUGUCACAGAUGACUCUGAGGACGAGCCACAGAAGACAAAGGCUGAAAAGAACAAAGACAGGGACACUUCAGACAGCGAGGAGGACGAGGAGGAUGGGAGCGAUGAGGAGGACGAGGAGGAGAGUGAUGAAGAGGCACGGGACAGGGACGUGGACCAGGGCUUUCGGGAGCAGCUGAUGGCGGUGCUGCAAGCAGGGAAGGCGCUGGGCGGAGUGGACUGCGAGGACGAGGAAGAAGAGGAGCUGGGAGACGAGGCCAUGAUGGCCCUGGACCAGAACCUCGCGAGCCUCUUUGCCGAGCAGAAGCUGCGCAUGCAGGCAAAGCAGCAGGAGGAGAACAAGCUGCAGAAGGAGAAGGCGCUCCGGCGGGACUUCCAGAUCAGAGUGCUGGACCUGGUGGAGGUGUUGGUGACCAAGCAGCCUGAGAACCCUCUGGUCCUGGAGCUACUCGAGCCGCUGCUGACCAUCAUCCGACGCAGCAUGCGCACCAGCAGCUCCAAGCAAGAGCAGGACCUCCUGCACAAGACGGCCCGCAUCUUCACGCACCACCUAUGCCGUGCCCGUCAUUACUGCCAUGAUGUCGGCAACCACGUGGAGGCGCUGCAUGCCCAGGUGGAGCGGCUGGUGCAGCAAGCUGGCCGCCAGGCCGACUCCUCCAUUGCCUUCUACUAUUUCAACGCCUCCCUCUACCUGCUCCGGGUUUUGAAGGGUAACACAGCCAGCGUGCUGCCUGUCAAGACCCCAAAGAAGCAGAAAGCCAGCACCAAGGCCACAAGCCCCGAGGCAACCAGCUGCUUGGAUUUGGAACGUGUGACGGUGGUGUACUCAGCAGCACUGAGCUCCUUCCUGACCAAGCGGAACAGUUCACUCACCGUCCCCAUGUUCCUCAGCCUCUUCUGCCGGCAUCCGGUACUCUGUAAGAACCUGCUAUCCAUCAUGGUCCAGCAUGUGACGGGCCCAGUGCGGCCCCGCCAGCAGGACUGCCUGCUGCUCCAGAAGUCCCUAUCCAUGGGGGAGCUGAAACAAUUGUUCACGGACUCGGAGUGGGAGCAGCUGAUCAGCCAGGUCCUGGCGAAGGUCACAGAGAACCUGCGGGCACUGGGGACAGCACAGACCAAGCCUGAACAGCAGUUGGAGCUGUCCUCCUUGGAGUUACUGAUUACUCUCCUCAAGACCACCCAGCUCCAGAAGCUGACCGUGGACCUGACCGCCAUCCUGGCCCUGCUGAAGAGCCUCCAGCAGAGCCUCCAGGAGAGCCUGCAGCAGGGGGCACACUCAGUCGGCUCCAGCCGCCUCUACGACCUCUACUGGCAGGCCAUGAAGUUCCUGGGAGUCCAGCGCCCCAAGUCUGAGAAGAAGGAUGCCAAGGAAACCCCCAGUGACCCCCAGAGUCCUGUUAGCAUGAAGCGGAAGAAGAAGGGAUUCUUGCCAGAGACCAAGAAGCGCAAGAAACGCAAGCCGGAAGCCACCACAGAGCAAGAUGCCAAGCCAGUGGCCACCAGUGAAAACCAGCCCCCCAGCUCAGGCAAGAGGAGGAGGCACCGGAAGAGGGCCAAGGCCUCAGCCCAGUCCCAGGCAGAUGGAAAGCCUGCCGCCAAGAGUCCUACCGCCAACACCCCCAGCACAGGCCCCAGCACUUCUGCCGCCCCCACUGAGAGCCCUAGUGCCCCUGCCAAGACUCCAAAGCUUCAGAAGAAACAGCAGAAGCUAUCCCAGAGGAAUGGCACCCCUGCCACAGAGCCUGCUGGUAAGAAGCCUCAGAAGGGGGCCUCAGCCAAGUCACUAGAGCCCACCCCGCCACGGAAAAAGACAAGGCUGUCCAUGGCCAAUGGGAGCCCCAGCCUUCUCCGGAGUGGGACCAAGAAGAAGACUCUGAGAUUCACAAUCAGCAGCUCUAAAAAAUAA